UCCUUCAUAGCCGCAAUUCCCUUUGCCUUGGAUGUCUACAGUGUGCACGACAACUUCACUGCUCCUCUGCCUGUGACAAAUUCUUCAGCAAUGAGAACCACGAGGAAAGACAUUUUGAGUUUGUUAAUUCUUCUCUGUAAUGCUGGUGUAGGUAUGCCUUUCAUACUGUGUGUUGUUUCAAGUGUUCUGCUGAUUCAGUCUCUGUGGAUACACACCAGACGGAUGCAAAAUAAUGCAAGUGGCUUCAGGGACCCCAGCCUAGAGGCCCAUAUGAAAGCCAUCAAGUCAGUCUGUUCCCUCCUUAUCCUGUACAUUACAUACUUUAUAGCUUUCACUUUUCUUUUAUAUGAUUUAUUUCUUAGUUUUAGCACCCCAAAAUCGAUAUGUAUAGCUGUAAUGGCUGCUUGUCCUACAGGACACUCCAUAGUUUUAAUUUGGAGCAACCCAAAAUUUCGAGAAAUGCCAGCUAGGAUUUGGCACCACACAAAGUGUCCUGUCAGAAAUACAUUACUGUAA